AUGUCGAUAGAAUACGUUCCGGUGAGCGAGGGCGAGCAAGAUGAGCCCAUCGAAUUGCCGACAGAAGAGGACGGGACGUUGCUGCUGAGCACCGUCGCCGCCCAGUUCGCGGGAGCCAGCGGUCUCAAGUAUCGCGCCGGCGGGCGCUUACGAGGCGUGCGCCAGACCGACGAGCGCCUGUCUCCGCCGGCCGAGGGCUGGGCCGCUCACCGCUACUGGUGCGCCUUCCCCCGCGCCGAGCCCGCCUCGUCCCCGAGGCCGCGCUGCUCCGACCUCAUAGUGCUCGGCCUGCCGUGGAAAACGGGAGAGGAAGCGGUCCGCGACUACUUUUCCACCUUCGGGGAGUUGCUCAUGGUGCAAGUGAAACGCGACGUUAAAACGGGGCUAUCCAAAGGCUUCGGAUUCAUCAAAUUCUCCGAAUACGAGGCGCAGGUGCGCGCGCUCGGGCGGCGACACAUGAUCGACGGGCGAUGGUGCGACGUUCGGAUUCCCAACGGCAAGGACGGCGGAGCCACCGCGCACCGCAAGGUGUUCGUGGGCCGGUGCACCGAGAGCCUCACCGCCGACGACCUUCGAGAGUACUUCGGUGCGUUCGGCCAAGUGACAGACGUGUUCGUUCCGCGGCCGUUCCGCGCGUUCAGCUUCGUGACGUUCUUGGACCCGGAGGUGGCGCAGUCGCUGUGCGGGCAGGACCACAUCAUCAAGGGCGUGUCGGUGAACAUAUCGACGGCGUCGCCGAAGCGCGAGCGCGACGCGCGCGGGUCGCAGCUGCUGGGCUGGGGGCUGGUGGAGGGCGGCGCGCGCGUAUUCAACUGGGCGGGAGACUGGCCCGCGCCUGCGCCCGCCCCCGCGCCCGCCGCCUCCGGCCCCGGCUCCGCGCCCGCGCACCCACCGCCUCAUCCGCAUCCGCCCAACACACUCGACACCAAGUCCUACCUCAAGUAUGAGUGA